AUGACGCCCCACCGGUACACCCCGAGCAGCUCAGCCGCCGUCCAGAGCGAGACAGCCGCUGGAGCCGCACCGCCGGGUCCCUACUACGGAAAGCUCUCCCAGAUUACACUGGUGAACAUACAGGGUCUGGACAUUGAGUUGUCUUACAAAUACUUUGGUGUUCACCUCAACAUUAAACUGGGCUGGUCUAAAAACACAGAUGUCCUGUAUAAGAAGGGCAAAAGUCAUCUUGACCUGCUGAGGAGACUGAGGUCCUUUGGUGUGUGCAGGACUCUGUUAAAAAGCUGCACUGACGUCCUAUGUUGUUUGAUCUUCAUCAUUGUCAUCCUCUCAUAUGUUGCCCUGGGAAUAGUGGGAUUGGCAUUGAGGCCGACGCGCACUGGCAUUCUACAUGUCGAAUCGGCCAAAUUGAACGCCGAGCGCCGGACUGAAUCAACGUGCCCGACGGGACACGACCGAACUCGACUCGAGCACCGACCUCGCCCGACGGUCCGACGAUUUCGCGACGGCCAGUAUACGGGUUGGAAUAAACCCAUCCUAUUCUAUUUCAACAUCCUGAAAUGUACCAACCCAGCUAUACUCAUCAACCUACAGUGCCCCACAACUCAGAUGUGUGUGUCAAAGUGUCCGGACAAGUUUGCCACUUAUACUGAGAUGCAGCUGCAACACAAACUCAGCAAGAGUUACUGGGAAUAUUACAAACAGUUCUGUAAGCCUGGCUUUAAUAAUCCUGACAAGCCAGUGUCUCAGGUUCUACGAGAUGAGGACUGUCCCUCCAUGAUUGUACCUAGUAGACCAUUUUUCCAGAGAUGUCUACCAGACUUCAUCACUCUGAAUGGGACUGUGACUGUAGCUAACAGAACCAGGUUUAAAGAUGCUCUGGAAAUGGCACGCAGUGUCACUGAACUCCAACAUGCUGCCAAAGGUAUAACUGGUCUAGUGGACACUAAAGAGCUGGGCAUAAAGAUAGUGGAAGAUUAUGCCAAAUCAUGGACAUGGAUACUCAUAGGUCUGCUGUUAUCCUUUACUGUUAGUCUGGUCUUCAUCCUGCUACUGAGGUUCACAGCUGGGUGGCUAUUGUGGAUGACCAUCAUCACUGUCAUACUGCUGCUGGCAUAUGGUAUGUGGUACUGCUCCAUGGAGUUGUCCCAGCUCAGACUCAGACCAGGCUCUGAUGUUGCCAUUAUAGAAGUUGGCCUGCAGACUGACCUGCAGAUCUAUCUACAGCUCACACAGACAUGGAUCAUAUUAUUGGUGUCUCUGGGAGCGACAGAAGCGUCCAUCUUGCUGAUGUUGAUCUUCUUAAGGAGAAGAGUCCGAGUGGCUAUCGCCCUGCUCAGAGAGGCCAGCAAAGCCAUUGGCCACAUCAUGUCCACGCUAUUCUAUCCAGUCAUCACCUUCCUCUUGCUGACUGUUUUCAUCUCCUACUGGGCAGUUACUGCUGUUUACCUGGCAUCAUCAGGUGAAGCUGUCUAUAAAGUGAUGUCUCCUGAUGUGAGCUGCCCCUAUGCCAAUACUACCUGUAACCCUGAGAGUUCUGGUGGAAGCAGUGACGAGGGAAAGAGCUGGUCUGGGAACUACCUAGUACAAGGCCAAGGGGAAUGGCGCAGGCUGGUCCAGGAGGAGGUGAGGGCAGCAGUGAUGUAUCACACAGGAUCUUUGGCAUUUGGAGCUCUAAUUCUGUCAGUUGUCCAACUGAUCCGGAUCAUAUUGGAAUACCUGGAGCAGAAACUAAAAGGUAUUGACAACAGCCUGUCCAGGUUCAUAAUGCACUGUCUGAAAUGCUGCUUCUGGUGUUUGGAAAAAUUAAUACGCUACAUGAAUCAUAAUGCUUAUAUCAUGGUGGCGAUCUAUGGUAAGAACUUGUGUACCUCAGCCAGAGAAGCCUUCUUCCUUCUGAUGAGGAAUGUGGUCAGGGUUGCAGUUCUGGACAGAGUGACAGACUUUCUGUUGUUUCUGGGCAAAAUCCUGAUAGCAGGAGGAGUUGGUGUGAUUGCAUUCUUCUUCUUCACUAGGAAAAUCCCUGUUAUCCAGGAGGAAGUGCCCAACCUCAACUACUACUGGGUCCCCCUACUGGUGUGA